AGGCCGUUUCAAAUCUGCAAGUCGCUCGGCGAAGCGGAGGCUACGGCGGCGCGCUGUGCCCUGCGGGCCUAGUUUUAACACCGAAAUAGCCAGCGUGCGGGGUUUUGGGUUCUGCGUUCAUUUAAUCGAAGGGGAUGAAGCGCUGGACACAGGUGCAGCAGUUACUGGGGUUACGCUCCCCUGGGGUUCGGCCGCUUUGCGGGAAGUCCUUCUACCUGGAUGAAGUGAAGAGUCGCCACUGCGCCGCUGUUCUUGAGGAAGCCAUAUCGUGGCUUGGAGGGACGGUAGAAAGCUUCCUCAAUAAGGAUGUCAGCUUUGUGGUGUCCGGCAGCCGGGAGGCAUGGCCGGGCCGUGCGUCAGGACGGGAACGGGAACGGGACGGGGGGGUGCUGGAGAAGGCUCAGCUGAUGAGCCCCCCUGCGUGUGUCAACCCAAAGGAUACUCCCUGCAGGAGCAGUCAACCCCCUGUUACACCCAGGCCCAUAGCGAUUGAAAGUCGAGGAAAGGCCCUGUUGGAGAAGGCCAUCUGGAACAACGAGCGCUGCCGCUGGAGCAGUGUCCUGUCUAAAGCCCGCUCUUGGGGGGUCAAAAUUGUGCAUGUGGAUGAUUUCCUGGAGUACAUAGAGCAAGCGGUGGUGGAGAGCUGCCAGUUCAAGAGAUCUCUUGUGAAGUCAUCUUUGUCACGGAUUGUCAAAGCAGGAGCGCUGAAGCCCCCCUUCUUGAAGAUCGAGGACUGCAGCAGGAAGUACCAGCCCCUCCGCCUGCAGCCCGUGAGUUUGCCCACGCUGAACUACGGCGGCAGGUUCAGCCCCUUCGAACCACCUGUUCCCACACCUCCUCCAAAGCCGAAGGAGCAGGGACGCAGCGAAGUGCGAGAGAGGAGUCGUGAGCUGAGGACGAGCCAAGGGAAGCCCCCCAGCCUGCUCCCGCUGACUCCCUCAGCACAGCCUGUUCGCAGGAAGACCCUGGGCUACUGCGAAUGCUGCCAGCUGAAAUUCCAGGAUCAGGAAGAGCACCUGCAGUCGGAGCAGCACCGCAGGUUUGCACAGGACGCGUCUCAAUACAGUGUGGUGGACCAGCUGGUGGCUCUCAUGCAGCCCAGUUUUGUAGAGGUUGAAGUUCAUGACCUUCCACUCAUAAGGUUGCCAUCUCCACAGGCUUUGGAGGCUGAUCCAUUUGUGGACAUGGAGCCUCAGGGGAACAGUGAUACAGAGCAGGCCAUCCAAAAUCUGUUGUCCCUUAGCUCUCCACUCCAGAGGACUGCGCACCCAAACCUGUUUGUUCGGCAUGAGGAGGCCAUAGAGGUUAGCGCUGAACCUCCUUUAAAGACAGUUUCCAUUCCCAACUCAACGGAGCAGGAGGUUGCGAGCCUAGUUCUCCCAGGUGCCUUGACUACUUCGAUUGCAAUGCCUAGCUUGGUGUGCCCACAAACGAUGUCUGCAUGUGGAGUUGCACCUGGUAAGCUGCAGUCAGAGCAGAAGAAGCAACCAGAAGAUGACCAUCUCCAAAUGGAGACCUGCAAGGUACCAGAAGAUGACUUGUCAAGCUCUGGCUGUUCCCCUGCCUUUAAUCCAUGGAGUUCCCAGAAUCCCAGGAAGCGUAGCAGGUCCUGCAUCCCCAGCACCAGGACUCCAAAGAAACGGAGGACCACGUUGAAGCCAAUGUCUGACCCCAGCAUGGGUUGCACCGUUUUCCCAGUGAAGCCUCAACUGGGAUCUUUCAGUCACUGGCUGGAGCCUCUCUCCAGUGCGGUCUCCUCUCCUGGACAAGGGAGCUGUCCAGGCAUGGACCAGCAGGACCAGGACCGAGAGAAGAACCACGAGCAGGAGCAUGUCUCUGCUGCUGGAGAUGGAGAGAUGAGCCAGGACAUGGAGCCUUCCUGCGGCCGUGGCGCUCCCCUUGCUGACGGUGGUUUCUCUGAGUCCUACCUUAAUCGGGGGGUUUGCGAGAGUCCCCUCCUUAAAGAACAUACGGUGCCAGAGCCGUGUGCCAGUGUUUUUCAUCGUGAUGUGUCAGAGUCCCAUCCCAUUGUCCCCUUGCCCCCUCUAGGAGUGAACACCCAUCAAGCACCUCUGUCCUUCAGAGAUGGAUUAGACCCUGUCUCAGCUGCGGUUGUGUGCAGCCAACAUUUCCCAUCACCUCUGAGCUUCAGCCCCCACCCAUCACUGUUGUUCUCUGCCAGCCAUGCUUGCCACUACCAGGAGGUUCAGGACUCCAACAACCCCCCCUCUAACACUUUAUCCUCCAUGUGUACUGAAGCCCUGAUCCCGGGCCCUUCUGCCUGCUCUCCUUCCUCUGACUCAGACUGGGACUGUGGGCUCCUGUCGCACUUAUCCCACCCUACCACGGGGGGACACUGUAUUUUAGACAUGGAGCUUCUGCAGAGGGAGUGCGCAGGAAUGCAGGACACCAGCUACGAGUCUCAGCUCUUCUCUGUCCUCCAACCCCCGACUCCUCUGCCGUCUUUAUGAGGCGAGGACACAGACCUGGUUGUGUCCUACAGAACUUACAAGCCCUGCAUGUAAGCGUAUGCAGUUGAGUGAAGCACGAUAGUGUUGUUUUGAAAAUGUUCUCGUUUGAAACGCCACUUAUCACAAUGAGGACAAAGUGGGCUGGACCCCCCCCCCUUCUGUAUUUAUGACAGUGUACUUUUGGACACUCAUGCAGAGCUGUUUUCUCAGCGAAUAAGCUACUGCCAGUUAAAGAGCUCUUAUAGACAUAAUAUUAAAACAUGCAGCUAAAUAAGGAAUACUUUCAAGGAGAUGAUUUUGAAACGUGCAGCUGAGUGAAGGAUAUGUGAUCCAAAAUAUGCCGAGUCGUGCUUCUCUGCAGUGGUAGCGGCACCAUAGCUGAUGCUCGGUACCAUCGAUUAGUUGCUUUUAUUGAGCUGUCAGAUGAAGUUGCCCUUUGACACAGUGUCCUUCAGCUGUUCGCCUCAUUCAUGUGCAGCUCGUAUUGCGUGUCCCUUGUUGACUUUGUGCUGCCGCUCCGUGACCUCGGAAGUAACGAGUUGUUGUUAGUUUCUUGAGGGCUGACGGGGUGCUUGUCCCUCCACAAGCGCAAAUGUCUUGCUGGGCACGGAGCAAAUUUCCGCAGGUUCGAGGAUCGUAUACCACCGUGUCCGAGUUCGACGUUCUGCACGGCCUGCUAUUCGCUCGGUUGUCUCUGGUCCCCUUGUCGUCCGUCAACACGCUUUUCGUCUUAGGUCUGCGGUGGAUGCUGUCGACAGCUCUCGGUCAGCACGCCUUACCACGGUAGCAAGUGUCCGGGUGACCUGUGACUGUUCCAUCCUGAUUUUUGUACAUGUUUACAGAUAGUUCUCCUUCAGUUCAUGACGCUGCCUUUCACUGGACACCGACUUGGGUCCAUACGGAAGGUUGUUUUCGAGAGGAGAGUAAAACCUGCAGCGAUGGUCUGGUGAACAUGGAAUUCUGGGAAUUACUGUGACGGCAGGUCUCACUCCUGAGGGUCACCAUCUGUGCUCUUUUUUUUUUUUUCCCCUUUAAAUAUUAAACAUCAUUGCUGAUGUCUUUUCCCAUGGCUCUACCGCUGUGUCCCUCAUUCAGAAUGCGACGAGAUGUACCGCGGUGUUGAAGGCCCUCCCUCCAAUUCAAGCGUGUUUUUCACCUGAGCUUUACAGCGGACGUAUGUCCUUACCUCCUCUUCCCCUCGUUCUCUUUAGCCUUUAUUAGGGUUACUUCUCAAAAGUGCACCUUGUGACAGUAUUGCUACAAGUGGAAACAUCUCAUUACUGUAUAUCAUUUGUUUUGAUUUUACUUUUUGUCAAAUAAAACUUCCUAAAAGUGAA